AUGGGUAAGUCAUUUUCAUCCGAUCACAUCGGCUUAAUUAUUUGCUUUAUUCGUUUAAAAUACUUUUAUUUAAUUUAUAUGGUUGCAACAUAUUCGAUUUCUAUAAAAUUUGAUUUGAACAAACUAUUUUUUUUUAUACUAGUAACAUUUUCGUUUAAGGUAUAUCCCGUGAUACCUGGCAUAAACGUAGGAAGACCGGAGGCAAACGUAAACCCCUUCGUAAGAAGAGGAAGUAUGAAUUAGGACGUCCAGCAGCAAACACAAAGGUAUGAUAUUUCUAUUUGUUAUAAUUCAUAACCAAAUAUUGGUUGUGAAUGUUGGUUGUUGUGAUGGCGUGUUGUAAGUUAAUAAUUUAUUAAAUUAAACUAAGAAACGUUCUCUCUUUUAACGUAAGUAAAAUAAUCUUGCUGUUAUUUUUAUAUAUUAUUAUUAGUGUAGCUUAAUUUAUUAGGGGUUUACUUUAUUUCCAAAAAAACAGAUAUAAAUAUAGGUUAAUUUAAAUUGCAUCAAUGAUGAGACGAAGUACUGAAUAUUAUAUGACGAUAUUUAAUAUUUUUCACUUCUAACGUCCUGAAGAUAUGCUCAAUUUAAUUUUGACUUAACAUACUAUUUUUGAUUAAUUAUCAAGAAAAAUAUAUUGAAUAUAAUUUCUACAUAGUACCUGUAGUAUUAAAACAUUUAUGAUGAGGUCUGUGUCUGAAUUGAUGAUGAAGAUAUUUAUCAUUUUUCACCUCUAACGUUCUGAUUUUCCUAUUUUAUUUAAGGUAUUAUAUAUACAUAACAUAUUUAUAUCUAAUAACUAGAAUGAAAUUAUGAUGAGAUGUAUUGCUGAAUAAUAAAUGACGAUCUUUUAUUAACUUUUUUCACCUCUAACGUUCUGAUAAGCAUUUAGUUAUUAGAUAAUAAAUAAAAAAAAGUUAUAAACAUUAUUUUACUAAAAUAAGUUUUCUCUGAUAAAUUUACUCCUAAAUUGUAAUAUUUCCUUUAGAUUUUGAACAGAUCAUAUUAACUAGUUUAUUUUUAUUAAUUGCCAAAGUUUUAUUAAAGUCUAUUUAUGAUGAGAUUUACUAUAAUACUAUGAAGAUAUUGUGAUUAAUUCAAUAUAUCCGCUUAUUAAUAUCCUGAAAUGGACAUAUAAUAUACUUAGAAAUAUUCCCUUUAUAUUAUUUUUAUGUACAUAAUUAUAAAAGCAAACUUCCCAAAAUAUACCUAUUCUUUUAUUUUAAUAUUUUUAUUACGACUGUUUAAUUUUUUUUCUCUUAUUUACAUGCAUAGUACUAAUAGUAGUUUUAAUUAUUCUAAAUAUUAAAAAAAAUAUUGUUUAUUAAACGACUUAUUUAUGAUGAUUAAAAUCUAUUAUGAAAUUAAAUGAUUGGUAAAAUUAUCUGCUUAUUAAUAUCCUGAAAUUGGUCUUGUAUAAAAUAAUUAAGUGUAUUGAAAUUCUUAAACAUAAAACUUGUUUAAAGUAUUAUUAAUCAUAAUUUUUUAAAUUUUAAGCUUGGAACUCGUCGUGUACAUGUUGUCCGUACCAGAGGAGGUAACAAAAAAUACAGAGCUCUCAGAUUAGAUCAAGGAAACUUUGCAUGGGGUUCCGAAGGUAUGUGUUAUAUUUUUCACCUUUGAAAUUUAUUUAUAGUUUUUUUUCUUUUGUUUAUAAACAGGAAUUUCUGCAAAAACUCGUAUUAUUGAUGUUGUUUACAAUGCUUCCAACAACGAGUUAGUCAGGACCAAAACUUUAGUAAAGAAUGCUAUUGUAGUCAUUGAUGCUACACCAUUCCGACAGUGGUAUGAAGGCCAUUACGCUUUACCUAUUGGGAGAAAGAGGACUACUAAAUUAGUAUGUAUCAAUUUAUUUUUUUCUCUUCUUUAUUAUCUUUUAUUAUUUGUUUAGAAUGUUAGUAUGAUUAACUAAUUAGUUAUGUCAGCAACUUUAUCGAUUUUUAGUAUUAAUUUGCGCAGCUAUGGAAGAAACAGUUAUAACUUGAUUAUUGUAUGAAAAUGUGGUGUCAGCCAUCAACGAUUCAAUAUUUUUGGCGGGAGUUUGGAAUAUACUUAGAUAGUAUCAAAUCCAUUCAUAGAUUUAUAAAAUAAUUAGAUAGUAUAACUGUAUACUGGCUUGACAACAAUUUGAAGUCAUCAUUCAUUGACAGCUGUGGCAAAAAAACGAUUGCAAAGUAUUAUCGAUUUUUAUGUCAAUUUGUUGUUUAUUAUCUCAUAAUUGACGCAAUGUGUAAUAAAAAUAACCGUUAACUAUCAAUAAUACACUAUUGUUUUUGUCCAAUCUAUAAAUGUUGUCUGACUAUUUAAGUCGGACACCAUCUAUUAUAUCUUGUAUCUAUUAUUAAAAUAGAUACAAGUUUGCUCUCUAGAUAUUUUAUACAACUAUAAAUCCACAUUGUGUGUUUUGUGAUAUGCAAUUGUUAAUACUGAUUACAAAUCUUUGGCGGUUGAUGCUUAGGCAUGAUGCUUAAUACUGCGGACAUACCUAAUUAGUUAAUGAUGGAUGUUAGUAUCUAUUAUCUAGUAUUAUAACUAGUUUUACGUAUAAUAUUUAAAUUAUUGGUAACUUAAUUCUUAUAGCUCUAUGAUGAACCUUCAUUGUUGAUAGGAAUUGCCGUCUGAUAAUUUGAUGACCAUGUACUAUCUGAGAGCAUAAAUAGAAAUUAAUAUAAAUUGACAUAAAACUAUAUUUUCUAAACUUUCUUAUGAUGAGUAAUAUUUCGGUUCCUGAUAAUUUCUUAUGAGGACAUUCUUUAUUCCGCAGCGCUCUGAUAUUUACUUUUUAAAAAUACUGUAUUUUACAUCUGCUAUGAUGAACCUUUCUGAUAGGAAUUGCCGUCUGAUAAUUGAUGACCGUGUAAUGGCUGAGUGCAGAAAUGUGUUUUUUUUACAAUUAUGUAAUGACAAUUUAGAUAAAGUAUAAAAAUGAUGAGUAAUAUUUCGGUUCCUGAUAAUUUCAUAUGAGGACAUUCUUUAUUCCGCAGCGCUCUGAAAUUAUUUUAUAAUAAUAGUACUUAUUUUAAUAUACCUUUUUCUGAUGAUUGAUGGUUGUGUACUAUCUAAGAGCAGAAAAUGUAGGAUUAAAAAAACCUUACAUUAUGUUUUUUGUCAUUAUAAUAUAAUAUUAACAUAAAUACAUUAUUUAAAUGAUGAGUAAUUUUUCGGUUCCUGAUAGUUUCUUAUGAGGACAUUCUUUAUUCCGCAGCGCUCUGAUAUUUAGUUUAUAAUAAUACACUUUACAUUUGCUGUGAUGAAUUUUUCUGAUAGGAAUUGCCGUCUGAUAAUUGAUGACUGUGUUAUGUCUGAGUGCAGAAAUGUAGAGUAGUAACAGCAUAACGUAAAAUUGUAUUUCUCGUAAUUGUAUAAUAAUCUAAUUAACAUAUUUAAAUGAUGAGUAAUAUAUCGGUUCCUGAUAAUUUCUUAUGAGGAUAUUCUUUAUUCCGCAGCGCUCUGAUAUUUAGUUUACAAUACAACACUUUACAUCUGCUGUGAUGAACCUUUCUGAUAGGAAUUGUUAUCUGAUAAUUAAUGACUAUGCAAUAUAUCUAAGAGCAGAAAUGUAGGAUAGAAUCAUCGGAAAACAAAAUUUUAUUUUUCGUUAUUAUAUAAUAUUUUGGGUUAAAUGUAAUGAGGGUUAUUUAGUAUAUAGAAAUUAUAUUAGUGAAUAAAAAAAAAAAAUAUUUAUGGUGUAAUCUUAAAUUUUUCAUUAUUCACAAUUUUGUAGACUGAAGCUGAAGAUGCUGUAUUGAAUAAAAAGCGAUCAAAAGAUGCUGAGGCUAAAUACAAAAAGAGACAACGUUUUGCUAAAGUAGAACCGGCAAUCGAUGAACAGUUCCAAACAUCACGUCUUUUAGGUAACUACAAUUGUAUUGAUCUCAAUAUCUAAUUGUUUAUGAACACCAUGAUGAUUUUCAAUUUUAUUUGAAUUGUGAUAUUGAACUUGGGAUAUUUAUCGUUUUGAUAAAUAUCUGCCAAUAGUAUGAACAUAUUAUGUCAUAGUUACACUGAGUGUUUUAUAUUUCUAGUUUGAAAGUUUGUUUUUUUACAUAAAUAUAAUAUAAUGAUGAUAAAUUGUUAAUUUAGAUGGGAUACAUUAUCCCUCUUAUGAUGUUUUCAUAGUUACCCUGAAUUUGUAAUGUUUUAAUUUUUUAAUAUUGAGCAAUAUUAUGAUGUUUAAAUAAUCUCGUUAAUAUGAUUUUUCUAUGAAAUGAAAUUAUAUUUUCUGAAUAUUGCUUUUAUCUUUUUAAAAAGUGUUUUCUUAAUACAAAUCGGACAACUAAAAAUUUUUUUUUUUUUAGCAUGCUUGGGCAGCAGACCUGGUCAAUGUGGGCGUGCAGAUGGUUAUAUCUUAGAAGGUAAAGAGUUGGAAUUUUACCAUAGGAAGAUCAAGGCCAAGAAAGGCAAAUAA